AGACGCUGUCGCAUUUUAUAAGCGAAGAAGAUGCCGCCUCCCAAGCGGGAGUUUAAGAGACAAGUCUGCUGCUGAUUUGUGUUAAUUCACGGUGUUCUAGGCUUCGCUUUGCGCUGCGUUCUGAAAUCCUCUUGUGUAACGCGGUAGUUUGUCUGGUGUUGAUGACGUGCGUGCGAGCACACGCGACUUCCUGGCCUUGAACUGGGUUCUGCUGUCGCUGACUGUCAGGGUGAAGUGAAACCACCAUGUCCCAGAGCAGGAGGCCGUCGAGCAGCCACAGCGCCUCUCACAAGAGGGUAGGUCCGGCCACGCAGCACGCUUCACACACGCCUCGUUCAUCGAGCCCUGUCGUCCAGGGCCGCGGCGGUGAGCUGCUGUCGCAGAGAGACGGCGACGAGGAGGAGGAGGAGGAGGCCGCCGCCCUCACGCAGCCCCACAGGACUCUGGAGAAGCUCGCACCCGCGCAAGUCGACCAGAAGGUCGCUGAAGUGGUGCAGUAUUUACUGGUAAAGGACCAGAAGAAGAUCCCACUUCGCAGAGCAGACAUUGUGCGGCAUGUGGUGAAGGAGCACAAAAGCAUCUACAAUGAGAUCCUGCGCAGAGCCUCGGAAACUCUGGAGAGGGUGUUUGGAUUUGAAUUGGUUGAGCUUGGCCCCAAAACCCACAUGUACAUUAUGGUGAAUAAGUUGGCUGCUGUAGAGGGAGGCCCAGAACUCAGUCCCGCCAACCCAAAACUCGGGCUCCUGUUCGUGAUCCUGGGCUUCAUCUUCAUGAAAGGAGGCGUCCUCCGGGAAAACGUGGUCUGGAAGUUCCUGAAGCGACUGCGCGUGGUUCCAGGGGAGAAGCACGAAGAGUUCGGGGAUGUGAAGAAGUUGGUCACAGAAGAGUUUGUUCGUCAAAAGUACCUGGAGUACACUCGCAUCCCGCACACAGACCCAGUAGAGCACGAGUUCCAGUGGGGCCCACGUGCCCACCUGGAGGUGUCCAAACCCAGAAUCCUGGAGUUCAUGGGUGAACUUUACAACCAGGACCCGAAGAGCUGGAGUCAGCGGUACAAGGAAGCUCACUCCAGUCAGGCGUGCAGCAGCAGCAGCCAGAGCUGAGAGACAGAUGUGCUCCGGUACCGUCUCCAAGGCCUCCUCGGGGUCUCGGUCCACGUCCACGUUCUGUGGAGAAGACUUCAGUUAGAUGCUGCUGAGUGUUCCUGUUGUGGAAAGUUGUCUCUCGUUCACAAACGCAUGAUGUUCCUGUGUCAAAUUAAAUUAAACAGCCCAGAUUACUUUGAAGUGACUUUUCGUUUCUU